CUUCUUUUUAUCUUGAAGAUAAACAAAGAACAAGAUGAACCAGGUGCUGGCAACCUGCUGGAUGUUCCUCCUGCUCUCCGCCUCCCUGUGCGAGCCUGCGCUGUGCAAAGGGGGACGCGGGGGGUCCAGGGGCUCAUCCCGCGGGUCCCCCGCUCGCAGCUCCACGUCCGGCUCUUACCGCGGGGCCGGCGGCUACGGCGGCCCGCGUUCUCGCUUCAGGUCGGCGGGCCGGACUUCCCCGGUACGGGUGGCCGCCGCCGCAGCCGCGGGAGCUGCGGUGGCCCUGACGGCGGAUAAAUGGUACGCGUCCGCUUACCGCCGCAGCAACACAGACUCCGAGGAGGAGCUGGAUUAUUACAACAGGACCGGUUACUUUGAUGCCCAUAUUUCUGGCUCCACAGUGGGAGCAUCCCACUGUCAAAUGUUGUCCAUCACCAUGGCGACGCUCUCCGCCAAAUAUACACUCUUGUGGGACUCCCUGCUGUAGAUGAGAUUUUAAGGAGAACUGCACUGGACCCAACGAAUACAGAACGGGUUGUAAGCAACAGGAAAAACUGAUGGGAAGACACAGAACAGUAUGAGCCCAAAGCAAACAGCGCACUGUUUACUUACACUUUCACGCAUGAACUGGAGCGCAAAUGUUCACUCCUCUAACACCAGCUAGUGUCUAUGUGGACCAAACAGGUUUCCUUCCUCCCGCCCCACCGCCCCAAAAAUAGAUAAAGACUAAAAAAUAUACACAGCCAAAAUGAAUAUCCAUUUUUUUUUUAGCUUAAUAGCAUCAUUGACCAAGCCAUUUAUGAACGUUUUCAGAAAACGAGAGGAAAAGCAGCAAGGGUCUAGUUGCCGCAAUUUCACCAUUACAGUAUAUAUUACCAUUAAGGAGAUGACUUAAAAUCUACACAAACAUGAGAAAAAAACAUUUGCAAUAGAGCUCCUGCACCUAUGUCACCGAAGUCAUGUGACUGGCCAUAUUGCUGGUCUAGCAAAGCAUUCUUCAAUGCUAAGUCCAUGGAGACGAAACAAAAAUAUGUCUUAUAGCGCGACACCCAGAGUUUUGUCCGAUACUGUUAAACAUUUAGAAGGUGAUAAUAAACAAAGAUAUGUGGAAAAAUGAGAGACACUUGGCAUAGAGGACCCAUAUUUAGUGCGAAAGUCGAUGUUUUCGCUGAUAAGAAAGUGGACUGUUAACCCGCUUCCACUUGUCUUGGACAGCUGGAUCUACACAUGGAUGUGGUGAGUAAGGAUUCGAAAUUUACAAGGAAGAGUUUGAAAGCGUAUAAAAAUCUGGACGGAUACAAAUACUUUCUUGCUGCAUCUGUUCUCAAUCAAGAAUAAAUCCCACAUAGUGAUGGAGCCACUCAAAUAGUUUUAAUUCACAUACCACUAUUUAAAUAAAUGACCCCUGGUUUUACACAAACUCGCAAUAAUUAACUAUGAUUGGAAAAAAAAAAGACAGCGAGUUGGCUCCUUGUACACGGAAGCAUAUUGCGGCCACACGUUAAACUUCUGUAAACCUCUCCGUGACACUUUUUUUUUAAAAAAAAAAACGCCUUGCUCUCAAAUGAAUCCGAUGCGUAUUUAAAAAAAAAAAAGAAAAUAAACCGCUGGGAUAGGCUUCAGCCCCCGUAUGCAGAGGUAUGUUGCAGUCACACA